CUAAACCCUAAACCCUAAACCCUAAACCCUAAACCCUAGCUAUCAUCUUCAAUAUAAUUAAUUAUGGCUAUCUCACUAAACACAAAUCCAGAUUGUAAUCCAUCGAUUCCAAUGGCAGGUUUCGUGUUUCAACCUUCAAUUAACGACAUCUUUUCUCACUUCCUUCCAAAAAGACUUAUGGGACAACAAAUAUUACCACCUCCUUAUGAUGGUUAUGUUCGUGAUAUCGACAUUUACUCCAACUUAUCACCUAAACAACUAUUUGAUCAUUAUCAUAAUAAUAAUCAAGGUUUCUUAUUCGAAGAUGAUAAAGAAUUUUACUUGUUUACAACCUUGAAGAAAAAAUCUAAAAACAAGUACAUUAGAACUGCUGGUCUUGGUACUUGGUCUGAGGAGAAACCAGACCCUUGUUUCUUGAACAUUCAAGGAGAAGAUGUUUUUGUUGGUAAGAAAAAGUUGUUCAAGUUCAAGUAUCCUUUAAAGAAAGAGGAACAAAAAACACAACAACAAGUACGUCGUCGUAAAUCAAGAAAACAAGAUGAGGCCGCCGCCGUCGCCACCGCCAAUGAAGCGGCCGUUGCUGCUGCCUUCGCCGCCGAAACCGGAGCUUCUUGGAUCAUGCAUGAAUACUCCAUGAAGAAAAGUUACAUUAUCUACUUACUCAACAAGCACUGCAUUGAUGUUACUACCGUUAAUAUUCAACAACUAAAGAGAAUUGUAUACUGUCACAUUCACAAGAAAGUGGAUAAGCAAUUUAAGCAAAGGAAACAAAUCCAAUGCCUUAAAACAACACCAACAACAACACUACCAACAACAACACCAGCAACAACACCAGCAACACCACCACCACCAACAACAACAACAACAACAACAACAACGGCCAAUUAUGUUGUUCCUCCUUGCGCAAGUACUGAUGGCCAUGAAUUUCAGUUGAACGAGCAAGACGUGGGCGAUGAUGAUGAGUUUCACAAGGAUAUGAUGAAUAUGUUAACAUUUGAUGAUGGCCAUGAACUUGAGUUAAACAACCAAGAUGAUGAUGAUGAGUUUCAUAGGGAUAUAAUGAACAUGUUAACAUUUGAUGAUGGCGACAUGGAAUUAAUGCUUCUUCCUCCAACAACAACAACAACAACAACAACAACAACAACAACAACAACAACAACUGCUGCUGCAAUCACGACUGAUGAUCCCUUCAUUCAAUCAAACAACAACUUUCAAGUUGCUGCUGCUGCUGACGAUGAUGAUGGUGAUAUUCAAACUUCAAAGUGUACUGAAGCACAUGUUCACAACCGGAUAACAAACUUAUUACUACAUGAUAUAUAAUUAUACAAUUAUAUAUGCUGCUGAUAAUACAUGAUAUCGAUAUGAUAUUCAAAGUGUAAGUUACUUUUCAAGUUACAUUAUAGUGUACGUGGAUGUCCUUGGGUAUUGGGGAGGCCCUUCCUAGAAGGUAAGCCCCGCCCCAGGGAUAUUAUUAUUAUUAUUAUUAUUAUGUACCUAUUCUUCUUAAUUCAAUUCAAUUCUUUUUUCUUUUUUCUUUUUUCUUUUUUCUUUGCUUCGAUUCAUUAUUAAUAAUUGUUUUAAAUGUACGUAUACGUACGGAUUGAAAUGUGUAAUUAGAAUUAUAGUAGUUGAUCGAAUAUAUAUACUGUUUUCUAAUUUAAUUUAUUGUUACAAUGUUUUGACUUUCAUACUCGUCAUAAAUUAAUACAGGCCGUUUUUUAUUCUCCAAU